AUGAGCCGCGGGCGCCGCCUGAUGACGCAACGACGUCGCGCGGCGCCCCAGCACCCCCUGCGGGCCGGGGAAGGGACAACCCCGCCCACCACCCACCCACCCGUCCGCCGCUGCGGCGAGGUGGCCCGCCCCGCCCUGAGGCCGCGGGGAUGGAGGGGGAGCGCUUGGCCGCCGCGGGACCCGCGGGGGGGGGAAGGACGGGGAGGAGGAGGAGGAGGAGGAGGAGGAGGAGGAGGAAGGGGUGACUUCGUGGCUGUCCUCCCUCCGGAGGUGAGCUCUCAGAUUUUCAGCGACCUGGACGUUGAGAGCUUGUGUCACGCCGCGGUGACGUGUAAGGGCUGGCAUCGCGUCAUCGAGAGCGACGACGGGCUGUGGAGGCCCCACUGCCUGAGCGCCAGGGCCGUCUGCCAGCGGGAGAUCGAUGGCGAUCGUGGCAGCGGGUACUCCUGGAAGAUCACAUUACUGAGAAACUACUGGAAAAGCAAAGUGAAGCAAGAAUGGCUGAGUGGGAAAUACAGCAACAUUCCUUCACAAAACAGCUUACCAGAGAAAAGCAUGUAUCCGAUGGAUGUUGACACGUGGGGAGAAAUCCUGGAAGCAGAACUUGAGAGAUGAGAAACCAGUGUUGGUUCUUCCAGCUCAAGGACUUCCUAUCAACAACUUAGAGACUGCCAAACUGUAAAUAUUUUGCCGUUCAGUAUCAGUUGUGUUUGCAAACAUAUGAUGAAAGCUUCUAAAAAAAAAUAACAUUGUGUCUUUUUUUUAUUAUUUGCACUUUAUCUGAUUAAUUUUCUGUAAAAUUCUAAGUGAGACUAAAUAUUUAGUUGUAAUUUUAUAUUUGUUACAUUUAAUAUUUGGCUGUAAAGAUGUUGAUUGUACUUUCAGUUUGCACUUUUUAUUUUGGAAGAGAUUACUUUUCUAAAAAAAACUGUGUUUGACUUUUGACUUGAAGUGAUUCCUAUCAGCAGCACAACAUGAGAGCCCACAAAGGCGAGCUGGGGAAAGGACAAAUCCAGACCCUGGAAAGGAAAAAAAAGGAUGAGGCAGCGGCCUCAGGGUCAGCUGAACAUCCCCAGCUCAGCAGCGCUGCGCUACCACUGCGCAGCUGUGGGGUUUCUGGAUGAGGACUCGCAGAUCCAGGCACCGGGCAGGGCUGAAGCAGCCAUGUAACUAACACCCUCUCUGCCAUUAGCUAUGCACUUUAGUCAUUUGUGUGACAAGUAGAGCAAAAUUUACUCCUUCAAACAAAAUAACUCAAGAUACCCAUGUGAGAUAACACCUUAGAGAUAGAUAUAUAUAUAUACACAGAAUAAAGUAAACUUCAGAUAUUUUUGUAGUCAGGCUAGAACACAUUCAGAAACUUAGUUUUUUCCUACAUGAUGAUCUCCCAUCCCUCAGAUUCUGCUUUACCAGCACUGGUAUUUGGCUCCCCUCGUGAUGGAGCAGCCCUUUAAAAGCUGCUGCUAGUAGAAAAAGAAAUGCCAGUCCUGUUACUCAAUGUAACAAGUUUCCACAAAACCAAUUUAUUACAACCUUUAAUUAAUACCACCUUUAUUAAUACCACCUUUGCCUAUUUACUUUGCGUUAAACAGCAAAGUAAGUGGGAAAACACUGGGAAGGUCCCUUUUGCUUGAGGCACCCCGACAAAAAUCAGUCACACCAAUCUGGGAUCAGUUUUCUAGAGGAAGACUUCUACCAUGCUUAUGAAAUGUGGUCAACAUGAAGUGAUCUCAAAUCAACUGCUGCAGACUUUGGCAAAGGACCUUCUGGCAACGUAAGGACGGAAGUGUCCUGUCAUGAACAUGAGGUUCAAUGGCACUGAAUCAGGCCCUUACUAGAUACGGAGUUUACUUAAAUAAGGUCCAGCCCUCCCCUUUGACGGGGCCUAAUAACACUUGGAGCAGCAGAGCAUUUUACUUCUGAAAAUGCAGACCAUGCUGGUGGUUAAACAAACCGUUAAUUUAAACUUGCGUCUUACUUGGGCAUUUUUGUUUUCUCACAAUUAUUUAACCAUUGCAGAAUAUCUGGUGAAAAUACCUAGUGUUUUUUACUCUGUUGCAAGUGUCUGGGCUCACAUGCUGGUUGUUGCAGGUGCCAAGGAAGAAACAGAACAGCUGGGUGAAACAGGUAGUUGUAAAAUGCUUCCAAGAACAGUAUGUUACUUGAUCCCUUUUCUGGUUUGGAGCAUUCAACAGAUUUCAUCAAAACUGAUCCACUUCCCCUCAGCCUCCUACAUCUUCUCCUAUUAGAAAAGGUUUUCAGUUCCUAAGCACCGGUACUUUUUCGAAAUCAUGAGUAGUGUAUCUAAUUGAGACAAGUUUCUCAUCAACAUAGCAUGACAUGAUGCGAUGACUGGGUAAUGUUUCUUCUACAUCUUUUGUAAUUUAUUCGUUAUAGGUAAGCGUUAGUCCCAGCAUCAGGACCCCAUUGCACUGGGUUUCACUAAGAUGCGCAACGUCUCCUGUUUCUGCCAGAAAAGCGGAUGUGGUUCUUGUGGGACAGCUGCUGUGUUAGCCAAAAGGGAUGCAGUAUCCAAAAUUCCCCGAAGCUCCUGCUGUCACACCCUGCUGCCAAACAUGGCUGAAGUGUAACUCAGAGUAAAGAGCAUUGCUAAGUACAGUGGGUGUAGCACAAAGCUCAAUGAACUGCAAACACUGCUUCCUUUAUUAUUACCCAUUCUGCUCUAAGAUCAUAUCUAGCUAGCUCAAAUUAAAAAAAAAAAAUAAAUACACAAACACCACACCCAAGCACAACAGUUUUUACACUGCAGGUGCUGCUGCCUCACUCCCUGCUCACAGUAUCUUUUACCCUGACUUUAAGAGCGCUGAAAGUGCAUAUAUAUUAAUAAAGAAGAAAAUAAUGCUAGCAAUACAUUCUCAUUUAUUCUAGGGAAUAUUCAAUACAUUCUAGGGAAUGCCCAAUUUAUUAAUCAUAAGACAGAAAAAGUGCACAAUAAUGGAUCUAGUCUCUCAACCUUCUCACCCAGCCUCCUCCGUUACCUCCUGUAACUCCCAGACAUUUAUCCCCUCUUCCUGCUCCUUUCCUGCCCCUCAGCUGUCAGUUCACAUAUAUUUGACUCAGGCUACAAUUUUUAAAUAGAAGAAUUAUUCUGGUAUAAAUCUAAACACAGAGUUGUUUCACUCUGCGUUUAAGCUGUAGCUUUUCCCCAUUCUCGUGUGAGUGUAGGAGUCAUCGCUGUCUGUCACGCCUCUGCCUCUGUCCAGAUCAGGUGGCUGUGCCUCUCCAAACACAUACGGAAUUAAACACUCAGCUAUGCAAUUAGCCAAGGCCUGGAUCUUUAAAUGUGAAGUAGCCGUCGUGUAAGUUUCUCAUGAAAAAUCUAUUACUGAAAGAAAAAAACCAAGUUCUCACAAAGUUGCUUCCCCUCCCCACUCUGACCCCCUCCUUUAAGGGUUUUAAUUCCCCCUGGAGAUUCCACUACAUCAAUUCUAGUCUUCUGUCCUACCCCACUCUGCCCCUGCACCACCUACUCAGUGUCUCAGCUCUGCUGCAGGCUGGAUGUGCUCCCUUCCCUUUAAAGAUACCCCAGCACCAUCCAUCCCCCCAAACAGUGGCACUGGCUGGUUUGGGCUCAUCUCUUUCCCCCCCUACCUGUGAACAAAACCUCCUGAAAUGCCAGCAACAGAAAGAUCACACUGGUGCCUAUAUUAGCACUAAUACAUAGGUAUCCUUUCCAAGAGGAUCUUUGGCAGCUAAGGCCACGUGUAAGCCCAGGACACGCGCCAGCUAUCCUCACACCUAGGUGGCUGGUGAAACCCUCGUUCUGCCCUAGUGCUCUGCUCUCUUACCCGUAAGUUUCUGAGGAAGUGGAAAGUUCUACUUUAGCAAACCCCACAACCUUCCCACUGCAUUCACACACCGCUUUUACCCUCCCACUCAGGAGGUGUCGGCUGCAGAAAGGUGUCCGAGGCACCCAUCGCCCAGACACCCCAACAGACCCAUGGCUGUCCUGCCCGCCCAGCUCUCCUAAGGCAGAGAGGUCUUUGGACAGAGCCUGUGGAGCCCGUGCGGUGCGGAGUAAAUAGGAUGUCCCCCACCCACACACCCCAACUACGCAACAUGGGCUUAAACCAGCCAGGCUUCUGUUCCCCUGCUGCACAAAAUGUCCCGAGGUGCUGCACACAGCUGGACAUCCAAAUACCCAGCACUGAGGCUCAACCUGAGGUCCCCUGAGGUCGGUAUUUUAUUUCUGUAUUUCCCAAACCGCUUGCGGUGUUAGAACCUUACUUGCAACUACCCAGCGCUGCAGUGCUCCAUUCUCGAAGGGAGGAGCUGAUAGUGUGGCUUUAUUUCAUCACGGUGCAGGAUGUGGCUUUGGGCCAUUGCCAUUAACAGUCAGACUAAAUGCAACAGAAUGCACGAGAAGUUUAAUCACCACAGGCUUUUCUUCAUUAGACCACCCAAAUUUCAAAGCUAAUUUUGUUGAGAGAAGUGUUUCUUCUGAUAGGCUGGCACUGACAUUUCAGGUCUCUGUCCAGGUCAUCUCUGGAAGGUACCAAGCUAUCCCAGCUUUAGCCAGAGCAGUUAGGCUCAGGACUGGGAUCAGCUGCUUCAGCCCACCAGAGCUGACAGAAAGGUAAUAAAGAUGUGCAGAUGGGAGGUAGUAGUGUUAUUUUUUUUUUUAUUUUCUGUCCAAAUUAACUUGGGUAGAGGCACAUCAGACCCCCAAGAGCAUCCUGACUGAGCAGCAUUGGUGGUUGGUUUUCAGCAUAUAGCUUGUUCAGAAAAGACUGUCCCCAAAACCAUGGAAGAAAUGACCUGCUGCAUUUAACAUUUAAGCUUCUGGUCAGCACAGCAACACUAAGAAUUGGGGGGUGGGGGUGGUUUUUGUUGGUUUUCAAGCUUCAGUGCUAAGGGUUAGACCCACUUCUGCUAUUCUGGUAAAUCAAAAAAAACCCCAAACUAUGACUGUGGUUAGAAGGAUGAGAAGGAGGGAGGUGAUGGACAGGAAACUCAGAGGUCCUGGGGGACCUACCAAGAUGAAACCCAAGAGGACAGUUCUGUGUACCAGCACAGCUGCCUGCAGCCCCCACAAACUCCUCAGAAUUGUCCUGUCCGACACUGCCACCCAUGUCCAGCAACCACGGAUUUACAAAGCCAGGGUGGGAAUAUCAGCCUGCUAGAGCAUGCAAAUUAGGCACCACAUUACCUUAUUUUGAUCCACAUUUUAAAAUAUUGUUAGAAAAGCACGUGCUGGUUUUAAUGCACAGUCCUUGAAAAUCUUAACAGGCAAGCAGCAGCUCCUUGGCCCAUACAGGGGUGUCAGCUGCACCGGCUGUUCUGUUGCUGAGAUGCCAGACGCUUAAAGCUGAACACAAAGACUUCUCCAGAUGCCACAGGACACCACUGGUAAUGUAUCAUGGUAAUGCCUGAUAAUGGAUCAGCCAUAGCACUAAAUAUUGCUUUUAAACAUCCCAGUGAUACCAGAACACCAAAUACAAAAGACCACAAGAUGCUACCAGCUACCUGUUGCAGAGCCCAAGGCAGAACUGAACGUAUAGGUUGAGCAAGUUGGGAGCAGAAGGAAAAUGUCAGGCAAACAAACCACCUUAAGCCUUUAAUCCUAAAGGGGGAGAAAAGAAAAGUUGAGAAAGACAAAAUAUCUUUUGCAGCAGCAGUAUCUUACAGCUAAUAAACAAAAUAUGACAAUGCCCCAGAAUAACUUUACUCAUCUGUUCAACUGAGGGAACAUUUUCAAUAGCUUCCACUAUUUUUCUAUCACAAUGCUAAAGAACAAGAUCUCCUACUAAUUUAGCUGGGAGAUCCUAACACCUAGGUUCCACAAGACGCAGUAUAUAGCCAUUUGACAGUACAGCAGGUAACAGAAAGGUGCCUCGUGUUUCAUCUCAUGUGGCUGACCAAAGCAAUCAGCUUUUCUAAUGCUCCUUUCUUUUUGAAUAUCACUAGUCUGUAGACAAUUUUACCACUAAAUUACACUGCUCUUUAAAGUCAUUCUAACAUGCAAUUUGUAUCAACACACGUACUUAGAGAUAAUAACACUUGGGGCUCGUCAAAUGCUUAAAUAGAGACUGUUAACGGCAUCCGAUACCCAUACAGUAACCAAACAUCAAUACACAGCAAUAGGUACGAGGAGUGGAGAGGAAGUUCUUGCUGUUCUGGAGGGGUGACUAAAGACCACAUGGGGUGUUGUGGAACAUCUGAAUUGCCACUGGGCAUUUAAGUUUCUGUAUCAGAGUUUCAGUUGAUGAUGCCUAUAAAGCAGAGUCAGAAGCUCUCUUUUGAGAUUUGGAAGUUCACCUCAAAAUAGCUUGAGGAAGAAGGAGGUGGGGUGGGGGGAAGAGGAGAAAGGGGAAAUUUAAGAUGCAACUUUGGGGCAAAAAGUUUACUUCCUUUAAGUAAAAAUAUUAAGUUAAAAAAAAAAAGAACCAAAUCUAUUUUGCCACUUAUGUACCAGAAUGAUGCAGUAUUUCCUUUUAUUAAAUAGAACACUAUAUAGAGGUGUUAAAAAUCUGAUAUAAAUAACUCUUCCUAUUAUUCAAAAAUAUCUCACGCAUGUGUGUUGUUUUUGUUACUGUCCUUUGACCAUCACAUGCUAUAGGGAGACACACAGCAACUUAAGCCUUCCAGAGCAGGACACCUACAUACACACACAGCAGAAGCAAUGAAGGACAGAAGAGAUUGUGUCUUGUUUUUCUUUUGAUAUGGUGCUUAAAAAAGGAUUUUCAGACUUUUUCUUAUGAUGUGGAAGCAGGUGCAUGAAAAGACUGAUUAUACAUUGAUUUAUAUAAUUGUCAAUAUGCAGUAGAUUGUUCUAGUGUAUGUGAUAAAGAGGAAGGGGCUAAUGGCAAUAGACUAGGAAGAAAGUUCUGUGUUUUUUUAAAUAUCUGGGGAUUAGGAUGGGGGAAGAUUGGGGUGUCUUAGUUUGGGAUUUGUUGCCUUUUUUUUAAUUAAACUAGUUGAUCCCCAGUUUCUCCUCCUCUCCCUCGAUCACUCUGGUUUAUUAAUAUUCAAGAUUUUGAUGAAAGACAUACUGAAGGCAAAAUUUUAAAACUGACUAACAUAAUUUCCCUUCCUUUCAACUGCUGAAAGCAAAAAAAUCCACCAGUGUCAUCAGCAUUUGCCUUCAAUGCCUUUCCUCCCUCCUUCUCGGUCAUCUUUUAGUGGGAUGGAGAAUAUAUUGCUAUCUUCAGAGUCUAUGCAGGGAAGGUGGAGGAUGUUACUGUACCCUGUUACACUUACAAUGGGAGUCCAACUAAGUAUGAAAAGCAGCAUUUUCCUCAGCUUUCAUACACAGAUUUACUUUCCCUUCAACCAAACUGAAAGGAAAAAAAAAAUACCAAUCUACAAGAAACAGAAACAAGGCAUGGAGAGCCACAGUUUUGGUUCUAAAUGCAAAGCAGGAAGUCCUAUGUUCUAAUCCAGGAAACAAAGAAACAAACUUAAUUUGAAACCAAAUGAGAAGCUCUGUUUCAAGCCUCCUGUGUAACAACAAAAGAAGAACCUUGUUUUCAGUCAGAGAUUUUUGAAGGGCAUUUUUCUGUUUGCUUGGCUUGCAGAACACCAACCCAUUUUAAGAAGUAAAGCAAUUCCUAAAAUACCUUCAAAAGGUGAUGAAGUCAACACGUUCAAAUUAUUCUUCAUGCACCAGAUUCAAUUAUAUCAUCAUCUCACACCACAAACACAAUGCAUAGGUACAGGCGGCGGCUCCCUGCCACGGUCAUUUUUCAGAUCAGCCAGAAUGAAGUCUCAUUCCAAUACUGAAGCUGCUUCCACAGAGCUGGCAAAAGACACUCUCCUCUUCCAGGCUGCAAUCCAGCGACUGCUGAAGCCAGGUGUGAGCAUUGCAAAGGCUCCGCAUUGCAACGAGUCCCCCUCGAGCAGCCGAGCCACGUGCGGUGGGCAGGCCAGGUCAUCUGGCACAGCACCGGCCACAACGCCGACACCGCCUCAGCCGUUUGCUUUUUGAGUCCUCUUGGUGUUCCCUGGUGUCACCCAAGUAACACAGAAAGGUAGGAGAGAGAGACUCGGGAACCUUGCUCCUGAGCGGCAGAGAAAGGGUAAGAAAGACCCCUUGGCUCACUGUGGACACGGGUCACAAGGAGCAGGACCGAGAUUUCCACCCUGCCUCUGGGUGUUAACGGGGCUAACAUCUGACACUGCACACUGAGAACCGCUCAUCUUAUGGGAUAAAUAAUACAGCUGUGUAAUUAACUGUAUGAUCUUGAAACAGGCCUUCAAAGCAGCGGCUGUGCGAACAGUGCAGCAUUUGACGUUACCCUAGCUUGUGAAAAGAACCUCUUGCAUAUUCUGGCAUAUUAUUAACCCAUGAGAGCACAUAUGUUCCACUUCGAUUUGCUUUAGGACAAACUCAAGGUAAUAUAUUUACUUCAAAAUAAUUCAGGUGGGUGGGCUAAAGAACUUGGCACUGUUUAUUGCAUGGCACAUGCAGUUUUCUCAGGCUGCCAAAGCCGUCGAACCCCAAAACUCCUCCAAGAAAGGUGGCUGGUAAGAAGAAAAUACUUCGAGCACACAAGUUACCCAGCAGGAAACCCCAAACAAGAGACAGGAAUUUGAAGCCCAACCCCAAGUCUUCUGCUGCACACAAAAGUUCACGCUGAGCACAGUAAAAUAUCUACACAUCAACGGGAAGACCGCAGUCCACAAAGGAAAAUACAUGCAACUUCCAAAACCCCAACUGAAGGCACCCCCAGAAAUACCGACUACCAACAACCAGCAGAGGACUGUUACCUACUUGUUUUGCUUUUUAAAGUUCCUCCUAUAGUCUCCUACGGUUUUAAAUGGUACACACUCAAAAAAAGCUCCCCACAAAAAAAGCCAAUUCAACCUCCCCCACCCUGGCACAGCACUUCUGGCCUCACCAAACAGGUUAGUUCAGGGAAGUUCUCGGGGUUCUUAGUUUUGCUGCUGCCCAAGCCUGAACUCAGAACAAAUGGGGAUGCAUCACAAAAAGAUAAAAAGCUCUUAUCCAGGACUCUGUGAAGAAAGUUUAAACCUAGAAUAACUUCUGAAGUAUUUGAGAACAAAUUAGGAAAGAAAAAAAAAAAAAAGAAUUGGUGUUUAAUGUUUGUAACAAAGUGAGCUCUAAGACAAAGGCAGCAGCAGUAUUACUGCACUGAAGAAUUAGCUGCAAUAUCGCAAGAAAGAAUGCAAAAAAAAACUUGGUCUAAAAGAGAGAUUUUACAGUAUACACUAGAUCAUACCUCAGAGACCUUAACUAUUUUUUCCUCUUCAUGAACAAACUUUGAUUAAAGAUUUCUUAAUUAACUGCUCUAUUACCAAAACCACAUUUUCAGUAAACCUUUAACACUUUAUGUUAACGAUUCCUUCAAAUAAAAAGCAAGUACGGCACACUGCAAAGAACACACCAAAAUAACUACAUUUAGCAACAAAAUAAUACUAAUGUUUUUUAAUUCUAAAAACAUUUAGCAGGGAAAGUAAACAGCUCUUGGAAACCACUGCUAGAGACAGGCUAAGACAGAGCUCCCUCCAGAUGUGGUGUUUACAGCAUUAUACCAAGAAUUAACACCUGGAAGCUCGUUGGGUGGUUGCAGUUCUCCUGGACGUUAUUUUUUUGCUGUGUGUGGUUUGCUUUGUCCUGUUUUCUUUUAAACCACGGCAAAAGGAGCUCCAUGUCUACAUGGGUGUUUUUAUGGGUGGAUGGUUAAUAAACAUUCCUGAAAACCUGACUGUAAUAAGCACGGAGUGAACGUUCCAGGGGAGGGAAAAGUCCUCACUGUAAGAUGUGGUAAGUCAAACACGAACCUAAGAGGAUUUUUAUAGUAGAUCAUACAAGUCUUACAGUAAUUGGACAUUAUAAAUAUAGUCCUUAUCCACAAUGGUUUAUUUUGUUGUCCUUUAUUCUAUGAAGAAAGACUAAUUCAUGUUACAAGUAAAAAAGGAACUGAUGUUGAUGUAGUAAGUGCUGAGUACGUAGAAGCAGCGUGAUUUAAAUAGUUAAAGGGUGAAAACAAAUGGAGGAAGCAGGGCAUAUGAAGGUCUGCUCUUCUGUUUUUCCUCUUUCGAUGGGUAGUUCCUUGCACCAGGCCUGCUUUCUCUUCUCUUGGGUUAGUACCCAGGGUACAUGCCACCUCCCUUCCAUGUCUUCUGAGUACUAGGCUGGCCUCAUAAUCUGUGACAGACUCGUAGUUGCUUUUUAAUACUAAAUUGCCUCGGACAAGAUCUAUUUAGUACCUCUAGAAAUGGUAGUGAUGUAAAACUAAUUUUUUUUCCCUUGUACACAGACAUCUAUGACAGUAGCCCACACCCCCUUGUCUCAGCUCUGGUAGCUCCCUCCCGAGCGACUUUUCUGACUCAGUUCAAGGGUUGUGAUGAUUGUCAUCAUCCCUUGCACAGUUUCUAAGGUCAGGCUGCUGGUGGCAAUUCAGGUACCUACUCUGAUUUUCAAAAGCACUGGCAUGUGUUAGGAAACUAAAUGCCUGUGAAAACUAGCCCCAAAAUAACCCUGGUCCCCAGCGCAUCCCUUGUGAAGAGCUUAUCAGAGAGAAAGAGAGGUCCAUGAAACGUAUUCGUUUUCUUGUCAGGCCUUGUCUGGAAAUGGGCUAGAGCACAUUCACCCUGGGAUGUAGAGCUCGUUAUUGACGUCAAGGAGUACAUGAGAACCUGACUGAAAGGAAGAACAGUUGGAGUCACUCCCAGUACCAGUCUCAGACAAAUGAAAGCAUUGAUAGGUGGAAAUGUAGGUAGGCAUCAGACGUAAAUUUCCAAUCUUCUUGUUUCCACCAAGAAUAAGACACCUACAAACCCUUGUGAUCUAGCUUCAAAGUAACUACCUGUGUCAGAGACCCUGUUGACACAGUCUGGUACAAACAUCAGAGCUCUUCCACAAAUACACUGACCAGCACCAUCUGCCAGAGGACAUACUGUUCAUAGGUGGGCAGCUGUAACCCUGGCUGGGCACGGGGAGAAAUGACAAGGUCAAAGACUGCUAAAACUUUUUCAUUUUAUUAAAAAUUGGUAGUUGCAUCCCUCCUUUGCAAAGCUGGGUAAAUUUCUGUUUGGUUGUGUGGUGGGUUUGUUUUUUUUUUCUAUUUUCCUGUGUCAUAGGGUAUUUUUGAGUUGGGGAACUCUGAAAGCAGCAACCACAAAGCAAUUAUCAAGAAAGCAGGCUAAGCAAACUGGGUAUCUUUUUGCCAUGAGUCUUCCUUCCUUAGAAGGACAGACCAGGCUUCCGUGAUUCUGUCAGCUUGCAUGAGAUACAGAAAAUGCCUGCCAGGAGCUGAUUGCCUCCGGUGUCUUAAAUGGACACGAUGACGAUGACGCGGUGCCUGCCAGCCCACUGCCCCUGCAAGGCUGUGUUUGCUUUGUGAUAAGCAAUACUAAGGCAAAAGACCUGCAGGCUCAUUAGCUCAGAUACAGGUAUAAUUAAGCAGAAUCAAAGAGAUGCUUUAGCUGCGUUUAGAUUUGUUUUUAGACGGAAGAAAUCUAAAUAAGAAUUUUUAAGGAUAAGGAUAAUAAGGUACCUUAUUAGAUCUACAAAUAGUUUUACAAGUUUUGAAGUUUACUUGCACUCAGUCUGCAUCAGGAACAGCCUAUGUGCGGAAUCUGACAUUAACUGGACUUUCAAGUCCUGCUUAAAGGUUAAGACUUUGAUACAGUCAGACAAAAAUAUAAGGAUUGAUCAGAUAAACUGACCCUGUCAAAUAAUAAUGUUUAUUUCAGUUACAGCAAGCAUAAGGUUUCUCUCAUAUUACUAAGGCACAGAACCAAGGACUGAAUAUGUUGCUAGAGGUUAAAAAAAAAAAAAAAAAAAAAAAAAGAAAAAGCUAAACAAAA